AUGCAGCACCCCAUGUCGCCUCCAUCGGUGACACCAUCUCCCCACACGGCCACGGAAACGUCAAUGGCCCACUUGCCCUUCGCGUCCAGCUCGCACCCGAUGGCGGGGCAGAAUGGGAUUACUCACGGGGCUCCCGAACACACCUCUGCUCCAGUUCUGCACUUGCCCGCAGUCUCCGAUGUGAUCCACAGCUUUUGGAGCAUGCGCUCGGGAGGACACAGCUCGCACUCAUACCUGGGAAACGUGAAAACCAGGGACUUGGCAUUCACGGUCGCGCUCAUUCUCAGUGCGAGCAUCGUGGCACUGGUGCUGGUCGUGGCUUAUCGAAAGGGACGGGCCGAGGACAGCAACGUGACCGCAGUCGGUCGCUUCGGCAAGUACUACGGCACCGUAUCCAUGGUGCACGGCGUAGCCGUGGGCACUUUCUUGGGCGUGCCGUACGCCGACCCACGCACGCUGCGCUUCGGAGCGCCCGUGCCCUGGUACCUCGAGCAGGAGCAGUUUGACACCAGGUCACCUGCGCCAAGUUGCGCACAGGCGUCGCCAAGGCUCGAUGAGAUGAACGCGAGCACAUCGGAGGACUGCUUGCAUCUCAACAUAUGGGCUCCCGCCUGUGGCUCUCGCCCUUGCAGUGGCAAUAGGACGGUCGUCGUCUUCAUCCAUGGCGGCUUUUUUCAGACGGGCAGCAACAACAACCCUCAAUACGACGGCCGCGCACUGGCCGCCCUGGGUGACGUGGUCGUCGUGGUGCCCAAUUGGAGGCUGGGCGUGCUUGGAUUCCUUAGCCUGACUCAAAGUGACGAUGUUCCUAUCAACGUCGGUCUCCUGGACCAGGCGGAAUCACUGCGCUGGAUGGCAAGAAACGUGGACGCCUUUGGCGGCAACAAGUCCGACUUGGUGGUCGUCGGUCACGGCUCCGGUGCCUCGGCUCUCGCUUACCACCUGAUGGUGGGCCAGGGCCUCAGUGAUGUCGCUCCCAUCCUCAAGGCUGUCUUUAUGAGCGAGAGCCCAAUGACAAGAUAUCCGGUGUUCAGUCGAGGCGGGAAGAGUCUCCAGAACGAGCACUGGAACACGUCGGUGCAACUUCUGUGCAAGGAGGCCGAGCCCAAUUUGCUGAGCUGCCUGCGUAGUCUUCCAGUGGAAGAACUGCUACGAAGACAGCGCGCGGCCCCGCUAGAGCUUCCCCAGUUCUUCCCCGUGCUGCCUGUGAUGUGGCCAGUCCACCUGUGGAAAGCACUAAAGAUACCUGACAACGUGACGGUUCUUCUGGGAUUCUCGGAGCACGAAGGGUCGGACCUGAUGGAUUUCUUCCAGCGAUUCUUUCGGUUGGACAACGAAACGAACACGGGCGAAGCUGUGCGUACCAUACUGGCGCUGCUCAGCUUCUCGUCGGCAGAAGCCACUGACAUCAUGGACCAGUACUUUAAGGACGCCGUGACCGCCAGUUGGGCCGAGCAGCUGUUGUCUGACCUACUGGCCGUCUGUCCCGUGCGCUUCUACGCGGAAUACCUGCGUAAAUCUGGCAACUGUGUUCUUGGAUACGUGCUUCACCGCCAGAGUGCGGACGAACUACCAAGAGACUACGCUGCACGACUUCUCUUCGGGUCCCCUUUGGUGCUGGGCGCAUCCUCUUCGGAGGAGAAGGUUUUAAGCCGAGAAGUGAUCAUGCUAUGGGCUACUUUCUUGAAGACUGGUGGCACCGGUACCAUGCAGCAGCAACAGCAGGCCUCGGAACUGAGUGACAGUGGAACAGUGCAAGUAGCGGCACAAGCUAGCCGCACGAGCAACAGUGCUGGUGGUUACACGGCCUCUGGCAGCAAGCGUCGUUCAUUCCCAUGCGACCAGUGCCCAGUCGUGGCCACUGACCGGGUUGGAUAUGAGCGGCACCAGCGCACACACACGGGCGAGAAGCCAUUUGCGUGUCCAACUCGCGGCCGCCGCUUCAACCAGAAGUCUAACAUGGCAACGCACAUGCGCCGGCACACGGGCGAGAAGCCGUUUUCGUGCGAUGUGUGCAGUCGUCAGUUUGGUUUCAAGGUGGCACUUGUUAAGCACAUGCAGGAGGAGCAUACUGUUGAGCCGCUCAAGUGA